GGCGCGCCCUCGGAGCCGCCGGCGGGCGCGGGACCGGAGCGCCGCGUCAGCCGCAGCCUGUGGGAGCUGGAGCAGCGCAGCUACAGCCGCUCGUCGCUGGGCUCCGCGCUCGGCCCCGACGCGGAAGAGGAGGCCGAGGCCGAGGCCGAGGCGCGGCGGCUGGAGCGCCUGGCCGAGGAGCAGCGGCAGCGCGCGGAGCUGGCCGACCAGUACCGGCAGCUGCUGGCCGAGCGCGCCCGGCGGCGGCAGCACAACGCGCGGCUGCAGGGCCAGCUGGGCGCGCUGCUGGGCAAGGGCAAGAGCACGGAGCGCGCCCGCGCCGGGCCGGGGCCGGGGCCGGAGCCGCGCGUCUCGGACCGGGAGCAGCGCUACGGGCGCUACCUGGCCGCGCUGGAGGAGCUGCGCGGGCAGCGGGCGGCGGAGCUGGCCGGGGCGCGCGAGCGGGAGGCCGCGCUGCGGCGCGCGGGCCAGGAGAGGCAGGCGCUCGUGGGCGGCCAGUGGCGCGCGUACCAGGCCGCCGCCCGGGAGGUGGCCGUGUACACCACGGGCCGGCGGCUGGGCGGCCGGCGGGCCGCGGUGCAGGCGGUGGAGCAGAUCCAGGCGCGCGAGCAAGCCAAGGAGGAGGAGCUGACGCAGGCUCGUCUAGAAAAUAUAAAGUUGAAACGCAGGAUCCAAAAACUUGAGGCAAGUCUAAAAGCGCAGGAGGAGUUAGCAGAAGGUUUGCAUUUAAUAGACUUUGAGCAGCUGAAGAUAGAGAAUCAAACCUACAAUGAGAAGAUUGAGGAGCGCAAUGAGGAGCUUCUGAAACUUCGUAGAAAAAUCACCAACACAGUGCAAGUCCUGACUCAAGUAAAGGAAAAACUGCAGUUUGUGGAAGCGCAGAAUCAAGGCCAAAAGGUACAGCUGAUGGCCGUCGAGGCUCUGGUGGCCCAGAAGAGAGAGAUCUUAACCAAGACCAAACAAGCUCGGGAUAAGUUGCGAAUGGACAAUCAGAAGCUCCAGCAGAAGUGUGGCUUACUUGGAAACACACUGCUCUUGAGGGACUUUGAGGACAAGGUGGCUGCUAAUGAGCUGCUGCAUGAGAGGCUGGAGAAACUGAAACGCCAGCAUGCCGGACUUUGCCUUACUUGCAAAGGUGUCAAGAAGAAAAUCCAAGGAGCAAAAUCUUUUCUACCGUUGUAACUUACUGUGGUUUCUAAAUUAAAAAAGGGCAAAAUGAUGCAUUUGGGUAAAUCGAAUAUGAUGAUAGUUCUCAGAAGACUACUGUGCCUUAAAAUCAAAUCAGUUUAUCCAACUGGUUUAAGACCAAUCUAUGGAAAGUAUUUAAAGCUCAUACCUAAAUCUACAGAGAGAGUUCAAUUUUAAGAAGAAUGACUCCAGGGAACUAUUUGAAACUAUUACAUUGUAAUUUCUACCAAUCUUCACAGGAGAAUGUUGUGACAUAUCUUGACUUUAGCAACGCUUUUCACAAAAUGCCUCAUGACAUCCUGAUUAGCAACCUAGAUGGAACAACUAGUGGGUGGAUCCAGUUAGCUACAGAAUCGGGCUCAAAGAGCACCUUCCAUAACACCGACAGACAAUGCGAUCUUCAGGCCCUCUCGGUAGUUCCAGACCUGCCCAUUUCAAUUUGUAGCAAUACUAUACAACUGAGAAAUUAUCAGAAAAAAUGUGAGUCUAGAUGAAGAUCCCAGAAAGGUUGACAUACUAGGAAGCAUCCGCUAAGCUGAUUUAUAAUAUUUACUGUACUAAUUAGGGACAUUAAACUUAAGAUCUGAAAAAGCUGGCACACACACAACUCUCAGAUGAAAACUCUCGAGCACUGUUACGCUUAAUGUAUUCCUUUGGGCUUUGAUUAUUAUGAUUUGCAAUUCCUGUUAAUUGCGCUAUGAACUUAAUAAAGCAAAAAGCAGGGUAACAGAAAGGGGGUGGGGAAGAGGGAAAAAUGAAAAGGAAAAUAUGAGGGUGGCAAGCCUAAAAGAAACAAAGUCUAGCUUCCUGUGAAAGGUUGACCCAUGCAAAGGUGGAGACGUGUGGUCUCUGGCUAUGUGCGCUCAGAGUACUAGAAGGUCCAGGCUUGUAUCAGUAGUCCUUUG